AAACUUUUGAGAACCAAAGGAUAAAACCACCGCCCGUGUUGUGGAAAAUUCUCUUCCCUUCUACUUCUGCAAAGAUUUGAAAUAUUCAGAAUGGAAAACGAAGAUUUGGCAUUGAAAGAUGCAAAAAGACGAGAACGUCAAUCAGGUCCAAGCAGCGCUUUACAUGAUGCAGAAGCCUUGGAGAAUGGAGACUCUAACAUUGGCUUAUGUGGCUGGUUGUUGGUGGUGUUGUCUCUUCUACUCAUGAUAGUCACACUGCCUAUCUCCAUUUGGAUGUGCAUCAAGAUUGUGAAGGAGUAUGAGAGAGCCAUUAUUUUCCGCCUGGGACGCCUUUUGCGAGGAGGAGCCAAAGGACCAGGUUUGUUCUUCAUCUUGCCGUGCACCGACAGCUUCAUCAACGUGGACAUGCGCACCAUCACCUUUGACAUCCCACCGCAAGAGGUUUUGACCAAAGACUCGGUGACAGUGAGUGUGGAUGGCGUGGUCUACUACCGGGUUCAGAAUGCCACUCUGGCCGUGGCCAAUAUCACCAACGCUGAUGCUGCAACACGCCUGCUGGCCCAGACCACGCUGAGGAAUGUUCUCGGAACCAAGAACCUGGCUGAGAUCCUUUCGGACCGUGAAGAAAUUGCACACAGCAUGCAGUCCACCCUUGAUGACGCCACUGAUGACUGGGGAAUCAAGGUGGAGCGAGUGGAGAUCAAAGACGUCAAGCUGCCCCUGCAGCUCCAGAGAGCCAUGGCGGCCGAGGCUGAAGCCACCCGGGAGGCCAGAGCCAAGGUCAUCGCCGCCGAGGGCGAGAUGAACGCCUCGAGGGCAUUGAAGGAGGCAUCGCUGGUGAUUGCCGAAUCUCCGUCCGCGCUGCAGCUGCGCUACCUGCAGACCCUCAACACCAUCGCCGCCGAGAAAAACUCGACUAUCAUCUUCCCCCUGCCUCUGGAGAUGAUGCAGGGCUUUUCCAAACGUUAAGCAUCCAUCCGGCCCCAAACGUGCACGCAACAAGCAUUCACAUCAAAAACAUGGGAAAGUGACCUUACAUACAUUCACAUACUUCUUAUGUAAUGCCUGAUGCUGCAGUUUUGCUCCAACCACUGCCCGCGUAGAUUUUAUUGUAGUUGUUUUGAGAUUUUCACUGCCC